GUUUCUCUAUUAAAGCGCCCCUGGGGCCAGCGCGAGACAGCCGCAAAGCCUCUGCCUCUGCUCUUCCCCGCUCUGCUCAUCUCCAUUGCUGCCGCUCUCCGACCUCAUCACCGCCUCAGCGUAGCAGCAAGGAGGAGGAGGAGAAGGAGGAGAAGAAGAUGGAGGUGGAGACGAUGCUGGAGGACGACGUGUUCUUCGCCGAGCUCAGCAAGCGGAUAUCGCUGCUCAUCACCGACGACGACGAGGCCGACUUCGGCGCCGCAGCGGCGCAGUUCAUCCCCGCCGCCGCGCCCUUCUCGGGGUUCGCGUCGCUCGCCCAUGUGCCGCAGCAGCAGCGCGCGUCGAUGCUGGCGCCACCGGCCCACACGUUGUACCAUCACGCCGCCAGCUACGGCGGUGACGGUGCCAGGGCGGCGUGGCAACAGCAGCAGCAGCAGUGCGGCAGCAAGGGCACCGGCGUGUUCAUCCCCCGGUCCACGCCUGGGUCGGCGCACCACAAGAAGAGGGGCAAGAACAAGGGCGGCUCCAACUCCACCGCGAACAAGGCGGCGCGGGCGCAGGCCGGGAGCGCCGCCGCCGUGGGAGCCGCGAAGAAGCGCGCCGCCGCCUGAUGAUCGAGCCCAUCCUUGCCAUGAACUCAAAAAGGAAAAAAGAAAUUAAAAAAAAAAGAAGCGCGACUAACAGCUCCAGAUGCAGUGCAACACAGUGCUGAAGCGUCAGUGGAAUCAAUCAGUCGGAUUAAUUAAUCUGUUUAAUUAAUUAUUGUGUAUUCUUACAUGGUAAAUAACCAUUGUUACUCCCCAGGGUCGAAAUGUAUAAUCUGAGCCCUCAGGGAGGAAUAUGGGGGCGCCACCACACAAAUAAUAAUCUGUAUGUAUAGUAAGCUAGUGGCGUGCAUGAGGUGGUGCCGUGGUUUUAUUUUCUUGGCUCAAUCGAUCUAUUAAUCGUUUUUUGUUUUUCUCUCUUACCCCAUUUUUGUAAGAUGAGAAAUGAAUUCGAUCGGUGUCAAAAUGGGCAAUGAUUGGUGCAA